UUCAAGCCACGCGACUGCACUUGGAGGUAGAAGAAGAAAAUGAAGCUCACACGUGUUUUCAACAUGUCUGCGUGCUGUGUCUUUUGAUGGGGUGUUUUGAAAACUUGAUGCCAUUUCGAUAAUUCAGAAAUCUGCAGAGAAAAACAAAUUUCCUGCCGCGGGCUGAAAGGACACUAAAGUGACAGGAUGGCUCAGAGAAAGAAGAAGCUGACGAAGAAGAAGAGACACACAGCCAACAGAGAGCCGGAGACCGACUCUGACGGAGACUUCGAGCUGGCUGUUGAAAUUAAAGACGAUGAUUCGCCAGGGCGGAAACUGCCGCGCUUCCCUGCAGCAUCAGAGUGCUUGUCAGAUGUGGAGCCAGACACCAGGGAGCUGGUCAGAGCUCAAAACAAGAAGAAAAAGAAAUCUGGAGGGUUUCAGUCCAUGGGUCUCAGUUACCCUGUUUUUAAAGGCGUCAUGAAGAAGGGUUACAAAAUUCCUACUCCCAUCCAAAGAAAGACUGUACCUGUAAUUUUGGAUGGAAAAGAUGUUGUAGCCAUGGCUCGGACUGGCAGCGGUAAGACUGCUGCCUUCCUGAUUCCCAUGUUUGAGAAGCUAAAGGCCCCUCAGGCCCAAACAGGAGCCAGGGCCCUCAUUCUGACCCCCACCAGAGAGUUGGCCCUACAGACCAUGAAGUUCACGAAAGAGCUGGGAAAAUUCACCGGUCUCAAGACUGCUUUGAUCCUUGGUGGAGACAGGAUGGAAGAUCAGUUUGCUGCUCUCCAUGAAAACCCUGACAUUAUCAUCGGUACCCCUGGUCGUCUUAUGCACGUUGUCAUGGAGAUGAACCUGAAGUUGCACAGUGUGGAGUAUGUGGUGUUUGACGAGGCUGACAGGUUGUUCGAAAUGGGCUUUGCUGAGCAGCUUCAGGAGAUCAUCCGCAGACUUCCAGACACUAGACAGACUCUGCUGUUUUCUGCCACCCUGCCUAAACUGUUGGUGGAGUUUGCCAGAGCUGGCCUGACAGAACCUGUACUGAUUCGUUUGGAUGUGGAUUCCAAGCUCAGUGAUCAGAUCAAGCUGUCAUUCUUCCACCUGCGUGUGGAUGACAAGCCGGCUCUGCUGCUCCACCUCCUGAGGAACGUAGUGAAGCCUCAGGAACAGACAGUGGUCUUUGCUGCCACCAAACACCAUGUGGAGUACCUAAAAGAGCUGCUGUCGUCAGAAGGUUUAGAGUGUGCCUACAUCUACAGUGCCCUUGAUCAGACUGCCAGGAAGAUCAACAUUGGGAAAUUUGUGCAUCGGAAAGCCAUGGUGCUUCUGGUGACUGAUGUUGCUGCUCGUGGUAUAGACAUCCCCCUGCUGGAUAAUGUCAUCAAUUACAACUUCCCCUCCAAGGCCAAACUUUUCUUGCACAGAGUUGGGCGUGUGGGACGAGCGGGCCGAAGUGGCACAGCCUAUAGUCUGAUUUGUCCUGAUGAAAUGCCUUAUGUCUACGACCUCCACCUCUUCCUAGGGCGACCAGUUCAGUUUGCUUCACCUGAACACACACAAGAUUCAGAAGGUGUGUUUGGUCGAGUCCCUCAGAGGAUCUUGGAUGAUGAAAGUGCUCAUCUGAUCACGUCUCACGAAAACUCCCUGGACCUGCAAAAUCUGCUCCGUGUCUCAGAGAACGCCUACAAGCAGUACCUCAAGUCGCGGCCAAACCCCUCGCCGGAGUCCAUCAGACGGGUUAAAAACACAGAUGUGUCCAGCAUGGGUGUCCAUCCGGUACUUGGGUGUGGUCUGGAAAAAAUGGAACUGGAGUGCCUUCAAAUAGUCGAUGCCAUCAAGAGCUACAAAUCCAAAGCGACCAUCUUCGAAAUCAACUCCAGUAGUAAGACACCAGCCAGUGAGGUGAUGCGGGCCAAACGCUCUAAAGACACUCGGCUAGUGGACAAAUUCAGCAAGCAGAGAGAAGACCGAGCUGCGGAAAGCAGGCUGCAGCAGCCAACCAACCCCACCACUACUGCUGACUGUGACAUCACCGAAAAGGUUGAGAGUGAUUUAAAU